CCGCCGGCGUGGUCCCCAUGGAGCUUUGGUAGCGGAGUCCCUGCGGUGGCUUAGCCGGCGCCGUGGGAGCGUCCGGGAUGAGCGCGGCCGAGGCCGACCGCUGGGCGUGGCUGCUGGUGCUCAGCUUCGUGUUUGGGUGCAAUGUCCUCAGGAUUCUCCUCCCGUCCUUUUCGUCUUUCAUGUCCAGGGUGCUGCAGAAGGAUGCAGAGCAGGAGUCACAGAUGAGGGCAGAGAUCCAGGAUAUGAAGCAAGAGCUCUCCACCGUCAACAUGAUGGACGAGUUCGCCAGAUAUGCCCGGCUGGAGAGAAGGAUCAACAAGAUGACGGAUAAGCUCAAAACUCAUGUGAAAGCACGGACAGCUCAGUUGGCCAAGAUAAAAUGGGUUAUAAGUGUUGCUUUCUACAUAUUACAAGCGGCCCUGAUGGUCUCGCUCAUUUGGAGGUAUUACUCUGUGCCUGUGGCUGUGGUGCCGAGCAAGUGGAUCACUCCGCUAGACCGUCUGGUAGCCUUCCCGACGAGAGUGGCAGGUGGUGUUGGGAUUACCUGCUGGAUUUUAGUCUGUAACAAAGUUGUGGCUAUCGUGCUUCACCCCUUCAGCUGAAAAAGACGACAAAUCCGACUGUGACACUUUUAAGAACGGAUUUUCACCUAGUAGGUUAAAAAUCUGAUUUAUACUGUUUUGUUUUAUUUUAAGAAACAAAAGCGCACAGGUUAGUUUUUUUGUCGAACGUGUUUUGUUCUUGGACUUUAUGUGAGGUUCUUCUAAGAAUCACAAUUUUCUACUCUCGUCAUUGAACCAGAAAGGUCAGUCUGUCCUGCGUGUGUAUGGGCCAGCAGAGUACCAGCUUUAGUAUAAGAAAUGUGUGACAUUUUCAGCGUCUCCAUGUUGUUACUUAUGAUUUGCACUCUUAGCUUAUUUUAAAGGUCACAUUGCCAACUAGAAAGUCAGAAUUUUCUCAUAAUUUAAGUAAUUUAAAGACCUCGUUGCUAUUUUUAAUCCAGAUUAGCUAUUUAAUACCACUACUAGAACUUAAAACUUUAUUUUUUAAUCUCAUGCGGUAGUACUUAAAGAAUAACACUAAUUGACCUUGUACUUUUUUCUUCCUCUGUUUAAAGUGUCAUUUGUUGGGCAAGCCUUUGCGUUGUGUUAUCUACUUAUUUGAAGCUGUUAAUUUUUCAUUACUGUGUUUUGUAAAUGUGUUCAUGAGACCACAGUGCAUUGUUUUGUGCUUGAAUUGUGUUUUGUAUUUAAAUCGUUUCAAAUGAAGUGUAUUUUAUAAGCAUUUAAUAUUUAUGCUCUGUAGAAUGAAACAAAGUUAAAAAACAAACUUGGGAGUCUGAUUAACUUAAUUUGAGUGGGUACAUGUUUGGCCCAUAGAGUAUAAUUCUGCUAAAUAUUUUUUAAAACACUUUUUUCUAAUUAAAUUUUUGCAAGUGCUUGUAUGACUUCCUUCUUUACAGCCUCUUAUUUGCUGUGACCAAUCUGUAACUGUGACAAGUGGCAGAGGGCUUUAACCAUUAACUAAGUGGGCCAUAGCAGCUUAAAGCUACAUUCCGUGAUUAGUUUUUAAAAGGUCAUAUUGGUAUUCUUGUGUUCCCUAAGGAUCUAACAAGUAGCUCAUUGUGAUUUCUGCUCAUUGUCCCAUGAAAGGACGCAGUGCUGUGCUGCUGUACUGUGUCAUCCCCAGAGUGGGUUUCAGGUUCCCCUCCUCAUUCUCACUGACCCAGCACCCAGCUGACCUAACUUUAAGAAAGGAUGCAAACAGGGAACACAGCCGUAUUUAUAACAGACAGCAUCAUGGAGGACUUGGACACGAGCUUCCAACAUCUCAGUUACCACACAGGGUGCAUUUUGGCCACAAAGGAUGAGAAGCCAGUCUGAGGAGGAGUUCAUAGCAGCACAAGGAAACUGCAGGGUCUGGGGUCCCUUAGAGGCCACAUGCCUAACGUCCAUUUCUAGUGAGCUGCGGGCAUACCUGGCAGGUUGUACAGUAGAGGAUCGGGCAGCCAGGUAUGGCCUGCCCAGGGACAUCCUUGGAUCACUAACCAGUAUGACGUCUCCCUGAUGAGACCCCUAUUUAUCUCCUAAGGAUGGAUUCUUUCACUGAUGACUGCAAGGAUUUUGACACAUCUCACUGAGGCUAGAGGAAAAGAUUUACAGUUCACUGCUGUUCAUUCUUUCCACGGACGUUAAUAGUUUGUGAAGAUUAAAGAGGGGAAAUUUAAAUGUUGUGUUUCACAUCACUGUGGUUUUUCAAAACUGUAUUUGUUUUUAAAUAAAUAAUAAACGUGGUACAGGCAUA